CCUCUUUAUUUACCCUUAGUUUAGUUUAGGUGUAGGCAAUACUGAGCACUCGGAAAACGGAUAACGCUAGGACGGUGCGCAAAUGGCACAUGCUCUAGGUCUAAGAUAUCAGUUGUAACCCGCUAUUGAGGGAAUAUAUGUCAAAAAGUAUGCUUUUCUCGGAGGACACUACCGCAUGGCUUUGUAUGGUGUCCAAGGCAUUCACUAGUCAUUGACUUUAUUUUUUUUAUUUAUUUUGCGCUCGUAAAUUUUUUGCAAUUUAAUUUCCCCGAACUUCCUUGCGAAUUCGACUACAGCGGAGAGCAAUAAAGGGGUUAAAGAAAGUAAAGCGGGGAAAGUGAAUCAGUAUGGAAGAAAAUGAUCACGGCAACAGAGACGUGGUGGAGCGGCAGGAGUCGGUGGAUGAAUCAAACAGAGCCAUCCUUCCCCUGUUACAAGCGCCGGGAAACCUGCAGAUCCCUCACCGGGUCACCAAUUUCUUCAUCGACAACAUCCUGCGGCCGGAUUUCGGGCGGAAAAAGGACGCAGGUGCGAACCGCGAUGAAGGCAGCCUGGCCUCGCAGGAGAGCCACGACAGCCCCGCAGCCCCGCAAACCGAGCCGGUGGGGAGCACGGUGCCGACGGAGGGGACCUCCACCCCGCACACGGUUACCGGGAACAAGAAGCAGGCUAUAGCCAGCGACGAGCCCCUGAAGCCCCGCGGGGAGAACGGAGACCAGUGCCUAAGCUCAGACUCAGACAGUUCCCAAGCCAGCUCAAACCCGGCCACGUCUCAGCCCAUGCUGUGGCCAGCCUGGGUCUACUGCACCAGAUACUCGGACAGGCCUUCUUCAGGGCCAAGAUCUCGCAAACCAAAGAAGAAAACGACCAGCAAAGAGGACAAGCGACCACGGACGGCCUUCACAGCAGAGCAGCUGCAAAGACUAAAAUCGGAGUUUCAGACAAAUCGUUACCUGACCGAGCAGAGACGGCAGAACCUGGCGCAGGAGCUGGGCCUGAACGAGUCCCAGAUCAAGAUCUGGUUCCAGAACAAGCGGGCCAAAAUCAAGAAGGCCAGCGGCACUAAAAACAGUCUAGCCUUGCACCUGAUGGCACAGGGACUGUACAAUCACGCCACCGUCACGUCGAAAGACGAAAAAUCAGACAGCGAUUGAUUCCCAGAGAAGUAACAGCAGCCUCCUGACGAAAAGGAACCUAUAGUAAUCCUAGAUGAUUAUGGCUAUCACAGCGAAACUCUACAGGAAUAUUUACAGCAGAUAAAAUA